AUGGGUUCGCUGUACGACGGCAUGCGUCUGUUGAUGCAGCGGCGCAACCGCAACAAUGCCCUGCUCAAUCGCAACUCCAUCGAGCUCCCCCCAGCACCCCAGACCACUCCCUCGGCCUCCCGUCCUCACUCACCUACGCCUGAGAUGGUCGAGGAAAGGCAACUUCAUCGAGCCAGAGCCGCUUCACGCCCCGUUCCCCCAAAUCCUCCUAAUUCCCCCAAGCUGCAAGAGAAUGUUCCUUUGCAAGACUCAGCUCUCAUUCGAGAUUUCUACACAUCUCCCAUUAUUAUCAGAGAAGCUCACGGUUUGAAUGUGUUUGAGCUACUUGACGAGGAUGAUCAGCAGCAGCAGCAGCAGCAGCAGCAGCAGCAGCAGCAGCACAAGGGAACUGAUGAACCCCCUACUAACAAGGCCACAGACGAGAACGAUGAGUCUCUCCAGCGCUACAAGGAGUCCCUUGGCCUUGGAGGCGGCAAAGACCUCUCGGAUGCUUCAGACCCCCGCGUCUGCAUCAUUCUAUCUCUGACCAUGGAGUCUCCUGGCCGCGACCCUGUCACCAUCGACCUUUCCAGCCCUGGCUCUGAGGCCACUCUCAAAGACAAGCCCUUCAAGAUCAAGGAGGGUGCCAAGUUCACCAUGGUCGCCAAGUUCAAGGUCCAGCAUGAGAUUCUCAGCGGUCUGCAGUAUGUCCAGGUCGUCAAGCGCAAGGGCAUCAAGGUUAGCAAGGACUCUGAGAUGCUGGGCAGCUAUGCUCCCAACACCGACAAGCAGCCCACCUACACCAAGCGCUUCCAAGAGGAGGAUGCGCCCUCGGGCAUGUUGGCCCGCGGCCACUACAACGCUAUCUCCAGCUUUGUUGACGAUGACAAGAAGACCCACCUGACCUUUGAGUGGUCUUUUGACAUUGCCAAAGACUGGUAG